CAGAUGAAAAUAUAGCACGAAUCCAAUAUUUGCUUUGUAAAAUAUGAACUUUUUUGAAAACAAGCUCAUAAUGGCACCUAUGGUCCGAUUUGGGACUCUUCCCUCUCGUUUAACAGCAUUAGAUUAUGGUGCAGAUUUAGUAUUCGCCGAAGAGAUCGUUGACCGCCUAAUUCUUAAAUCAAAAUUUGUCUUAAAUCAUAAAUUGAAAACAAUCGAUUUUAUAGUUAAGGAAAAUGAAUUUCAUAAAGUUGAUAAAAAUUCAAAUAUCGUGGAAAAUAUUGCCUACAAACAUAAUUUUAUUGCUGAAAAUAAUACUGUUUUCCGAACACCACCUUUAAAAGAAAAUAAUAAGCUUAUAUUUCAGUUAGGAACAAGAAACAUUGAAAAUGCCAUUAAGAUAAGUCAGUAUUUGAGUGGAGUAAAUUGGAAGUCAGAAUUCAAUGUUCCAAAUGAUGAUGACUCAAGUCCAUACAUUAUAUCUGGAAUAGAUUUGAAUAUGGGUUGUCCUAAAGAUUAUUCAUUAAAAGCAGGUAUUGGGUCAGCACUUUUGAGAUCAGAUACAGAGAUUGAGCUUGCUUGUAGAAUAUUGGAAGCCUUAGUGAAGGAAAAUAGACCUAAAGAUAUUAAAACCUCAUGUAAGAUUAGAGUUCUUCCAACUUUGCCUGAUACCCUAAGGCUUUGCCAAACUCUACAAAAAACUGGAAUCGAUGCAUUGACCAUUCAUGGAAGAACCCCUAGUGAAAAGAAAUCUGAUUUUUCUACUCCAAAUAGGGACCACUAUAUAAAUGAAAUAUCUAGAUUAUUAAAUGACUCAUGUACAAUUAUUGCAAAUGGAGGUUCUAAUUGUAUCAACAAAAUACUUGACAUUGAUUAUUUUAAAGCAGAAACAGGCUGUAACUCAAUUAUGCUAGCAAGGAGUGCUAUGAAAAAUCUUUCUAUAUUCUCUACAAGUAUGGUAACGAGAGAUGAAGUUAUAAGAAAAUAUUUAAAAUAUGCUUUAAUAUAUGAAAAUGAAUUUAUAAAUUCUAAAUAUGCCAUACAACAAAUGUUUUAUCAUGAUGGAAAAUCGGAUCAAUUUCAAAAGUUAUUGAAAGCAAAAAAUUAUCGAGAGAUGUGUAAAAUUUGGAAACCUGAUACUGAAUUAUUUAUAGAUAUUGCAGAUGAUAUUUAUUCAGAUUCUUUUGAAAGUCAUAAAAAUAAUAUAGACGUUGCCAAAUUUGAUAAUGUGGAUGGUAUAAUUAUAAUGGACCUACAUUAUGAUUACAGAGAAUGGCCAAACAUGCAAAUAGAUAACAAUUACAGAUUACAAUUUAAUAAAUUCCCUAAUCCUAAAUUGGCGUUAAUACAUUUUUGCAAUAUUUUAAAUAUACCCCAACCUUCUUAUUAUAGCAUAUCUAGUCCUGAUAAUAGAACUUUUAAAGGCAUAGUUGAUAUCAAAGAUCUACAAUUUUCCACAUAUAAAUGGGAGAAAAGUAAAAAAAUUGCAGAACAAUCAUCAGCAUUAUGUGCAAUAAAAUAUAUUUCAAAAUUUUUGUCAUUAUAAAUAAUGUAUCCAUACUUUGCAAAAUAAAGUAUAAUAAAUUAUUUUAAUCUUAUUAAUGAAUUGUGAUUGUAUAUUAAAUAAAUAUAAAAAACUAACAAAAAUU